AUGGAAACAAUAUUGCAAAAAGAGUAAUAAUUUAUUCAAGACCUAGAUGGAUAAAAACUAUGGGAAGAUAAUAAGGCAGUUUAAGAGGAACCCAUAUAUUUCAUUACCAUAGGUCUUUUCGUAAUUUAUUUAAUGAUUAAUUUAUAAUUUAUCCCAUCUAAAGAUAAUAUGAAUAUUUUACUUAAAAAUCAAAACUGAAUUUGUUGAUUAUCUAUUAAUAUUAUAUGAAAGUAUAUUUUUAAAUCAUCGUGGACUUAUUGUUUGGAAAUUUGCUGUACUUAAUAUCAAUACAGAAAGGUUUCCAUAAAAAGUGA